AUGACCGCGUUCGGCGGCGCUGCUUCGCCGUCCGCAGCGUCACUCGCAAAUCCCCGUCGUGGUGGGGACGGGGAGGACUCUGGAGAUCAGGGCAGUCUUCUGCCAGGCCGUUUCCCCAGCUCGGGGUCCUCACACGGGCGCCAGCGUCUCCGACUUUCUGGGGCGGCCGCGUCAGCUGCAGGUUUCUCGCGCGCUGCUGAGGCGACAAAUGGAGCAGCUUCCUCGUCGAUCCCUUCUUUUUCCCGCCGCUCGCCUCCGUAUGGAGACACGCCGGGGUCGUCGUCGGUAGAUCGCGCCGUCUCGGCAGCGCCUCCGCCUCACGCCUUCGACGAGGACGGAUUUGCGUUCUCGUCUUCUCUGCCGCUGACUGGGGUAAAUGGCCUCAGACAGCCCGAAGAAGAUGAAGACCUUCUCUUUGAUGCAGAUGCGGUCAAUGACUUUGAAACUCGGGCGUUCUUCCCCUCAGAAAACUUCGGCGCCGCAGACCCGCGUGCGUCGUCCCUCACCCGCUCUUCUUCAGGAACCGCUGCACUCCUGCAGCGGUGGUGGAAAUCUUCCAAGGCGCUGACCCCCGCAGCGAGAAAUUUCUCAGCUGUUUCUCAGGCCGCAGCCGCUUCAGACUCUCGAGGGCGAAGCACAGGAGAAGAGAAGAGAGGCGAAAUGCGGAGGCGCGAAAGCCAAGUUCCGCUUCAGGUCUGCUCAGAUCAAAGCCGAAUCGGGACGGAAAGUGUCUCAACCGGCGAGGGCAAAGUCUCUGAUGUGGCGCGGCCUACACACGCCUUGGGAAGGCGAGUCGACACCGUGUCUUCUUCAUCGCCGUCGCCAUACGCUGCGUCCGGCGGCCAAGUGGUCCGGCUCGCUGCAUCUUCUGCCGCGGCAUCGGCACAUGAGAUGCACUCCGUCGAACUGCGACCUUCAGCUGCUUCGGUGCUGUCUGCUGCGUAUCCGCCUGGAGCUCCAGCCGUGUUGGGGCGACCCAGCAGCCGGCAGGAGUCGUCGCAAGAUCGUUCCGACGAAGAAGAUUCUUCAGAGGGCGAGGCUGAAACGCAGUUCGAUGACUACGCCGACGCGCCUACCGCCGCCCCGCAGUCUUCCUCUGGCGGCGCCGGGUCGUGGCUGUGGCAGCGUCUGGGCUUCGCGCGCUCUACUUCUUCCUCGUCUCCAUCUGCCGCGGGCUCGUCGUCGGCUCAGGGUCGCGUCGCAGGUGCCUCGGCGCUGGGGCAGCGGGCGCUGCGUGUGCGGCCAAGAAGGCCAAGGCGGCGCUACGUCCCGAUGACAGGCGAUGUGCCGUCCGGAGAGCAGGAGGAAGAGGAGAGCCAAGAGACAGCAGUGCCGACAUCCUUCGCUCCUUCCGCCCCCUCUGCGUCGUCCGCCGCCGAGCCGCGCGUGUUGGGCUCGCCUGCGCUGAUGCAGCCCAUGCAGGAGGAAGAAGUCGACGCCACGGGCGGAGCGACGCCAAGAGCGCCACCCGCUGCGCCCUCGACUUCCAUCGGAUGGCGCUGGCGACCGGGUUUUCUUCUUUCCUCCUCUCCUCAGUCUUCGUCUGCGUUAUCGUCGGCCGCAGCACGGAGGCCGGAGGUUGAUAUCGAGAUGGGGGAUCUUUCCGCGACCCGCGGAGACGCCGCGAGCGAAUCUCCGACGGAGUCGACCGCGCAGCCGACAGCCGAAGAAGCUGCGCGGGCGAAUGCGCCCGCGUUGUCUCUGAGCCGGCGCAUCCGCGCGCGGCGCGCUGCAGUCUUUGCGGCGCUUCGGAGCGCGUUUGGCAGGCUACGCCGCGGGGGUCUCGACGGCGGAGCUCAGGGCGGAGAAGCGGGCGGCGACCGCGAAGGCGGAAGAGGCGGUGAAAGGACUGACGCGGCUGAGCCGCAGGAAGACGACGAGGAGGACGACCCCUCAUGCCACCAGAUGCUCCUUGUCACCGGCUGCCUGUGCUGGUUUCCUCUUCUCUGGGUCGUAGGCGCCAUGCUCUGGUGUGUGACGCCGAAGGAGCAUCGCCGCGCCCGCAUGUGGGGAGCGGUCAACGUUUGCCUUGUCGUACUAACGUUCGCCUACCUCUUUCUUCAUGUCUGGAACGUGGCGAAGCCAACAGCGCAGCGUGCAGUGCUUUUCAACACGGAGGCGCAACUGGGUCUGGAGGCGCCCCUCUCCCUUCGGCACCCCGGAAGCUUGUGGAAGGUGGAGGACGACGGCGGCGGCGUGGAACCCGCCACCCGUUUGGCGUGGACCUUCAGUGAACCGUCCGAGGAUGCCUGGAAGUUCUUCAGCCUCUCCAGAGCUUCUCAUGGGGGCGACUCCGACCCCAUUCCCUACGGAAGAGUCAUCAGAUCAUCUUCGUCGCCGCCGUUCGCCCUUCUGGACGCGCCCUCACACCAGCGGGGGCCGAGUCUGCUGGGCAGCGCCACCGACACUUGGGCCUUGGGCCCGGAGUCUCUUCCAGUCCCCUCCGGCGACCGCGCGCCCACUGUGAUGCUGGGCCCGGCGGUGAUCGUCUCCGGACGCGUUUUGUUCUCGGUUCGCUUCGGCGCGGGCGACGCGCCGUCGCGCGCCGCCCUCGCCUCUCUGCGUCGCGUUUUCCAGAGAGAAAAAAAGCGAGCUGAGGCAGACAGAGCCGAGACGCACCACUCGUCUCGCGGCAAAGCUCACGCGCUCGGACUUCCGCAGGACGGCGCGAGGCCGAAGCCAGAGCGAAGCGUACCAGGCAGCGAGCACGCAGCCUCACUCAGGAAAGACCACGCACUCGACGCGGUCUUCCCCAAGCAAAUGACGGCUGAAGACCUUCUGCUGGCGGACCAAGACUUGCCUGCGUCUUUCUUCGGGGCGGGUCUGCGAUGCGUGCCCCUCCGGCGCUACUUGAACUCAGCCGAGGGCGCGGGGGGCUUCCGCGCCACCUCCCUCGCGGAAAAUCACCGUCACAGCGGUUCGUCUGACUCGGAGUCUUCGCUCCCGUUUCGGUGGCUGCUGCUCCACCGCGCCGAGAGCGGCGGCGAGGUGCGAGUCGCCUCGCAGGCUGUCGACUUCGGCGCGGCGAAAUUCCUCUGUCACCCUGCUGUCGUCGCGACCGGCGAGGCGCGCGAAGCGCCCCGAGACGAGCGCGGCGACGGCGAGGCGGCAGAAGAAGAAAGGCGCGAAAACGGACAGAGCCACAUCUUCCGCCGGUUCAUCGACGUCCAGCAAGUUCUCUUCCGCGCCCUUCCGUGA